AUGAAGCAAAAGUCUAGGAACCUGCCAUUUAACUUGCUAAGCACCAAUACUUUAAACAUCAUCUCUGACCUUGUGCAACACUACGACUUUGCGGUAAUGAGCAAAAAGCAGACGAAAAGGGUUCGAGAAAAGCUACUGGAGAAGCUCAUGACUUUUGAGAUAGGAUGCUUCAACGAAGAUGAAAAUUCGCGUGCUGCGAUCACAAGGUCGCCCUAA